GGACUGUCUCAACUAUCUGAAGGUAUUAAACUUCCUGUUUAUGAAUCAAGGAAGUAAAGACUAAAGUGAUAUAAAGUAUUCAAAUCACAAUAGGCGAUGAGAUCAAAACGUUCUGAUAAAUGUUAAAAAAAAAGUUGAAAUGAUUUAAACACAUUAAAAAAACACUUGAAAAAGUGGAAUACUUCAACUAAAUAAAUCUCAAAAUGGCUUCAAAACAUAGGACAUCAUUGAAAGAUUCAGUGUUAAAUGCCUCUGAUGAGAUACAUGACUUUUCCUGUUCCACCUGUAAAGAUGAUAAUCUCAAUAUCGAGGCCAAGCAUUUCUGUGGGGACUGCUCAAAAUAUUACUGUGACAAGUGCCUGACCUUCCAUACUAAAUUACACAAGCGCCAUAAUGUGUUGGGACGUAAAGAUGUGGACAAGUGGGUGGGGCAGGGUGACACGUUGGUUAUGUGCGACCUUCACCCUCUCAAGGUCUUGGAACUGCUUUGUGACGAUCAUGCUGAGCUCUGUUGUACCCUCUGUGUGUCCUUAAACCAUAGGAUGUGCAGAAGCAUCAGCUUGAUAUCUGACCUGGCUAAGGGUGUAUACAAAUUGGCCGACUUCAAGCAGCUCCCAGCCAAUAUUACGAAGAUAACAGCCAGCCUGAACCAGAUGAGAGAGACUAGAAAUAAGAACCAGAACUCCCUGAAGGCUUCAGGCAAGUUCAUGCUGACAAAGAUCAAAGCCCUGAGAAAGGCAUUGAACCAGCUGUUAGAUAAGCUAGAGAAGAGGACAGUGGAACAGAUGGACAGUGUCCUGGCUGAGCUGGAUGGGUCACUACAGAAGGAUAUUGACCAUUGUGACCUCCUACAUGACCAGCUCAAGGCCUUACUGGACACCAUCCAAGCAUGUGGCAAUGACAGUGAGUCACACUCUUACAUUGGCUACAGAAAAUGCCAGGACAAGAUGGAAGAGGCCAACAAACUAUUCCUGGAGAUGGCCACCAAACCAGAGAUGACUGUCAUGUUAAAGCCCGACACAGAAGCUAAUCAACUUCUGUCAGACCUGACGACACUGGGGAGCAUUAAGCUGUUUCAUACUAACCAGGUUUUUAAGGUGAAAGGAAAGAAAACAUUUGAAGCCAAAUUAAGCACAGACCACACUGUCUGUGAUAUUCUUGCUAUUACAGAGCUUCCAGGUGGAGAGAUUGUUCUGUUAGACAAUAACAAUUGCAGAGCAAAGGUAUUAAACAGCAAAUACAAAGUGACAUCCCACUGUAAUCUCCCCGAGUAUCCAUGGGACAUCUGCCAUAUCUCAAACGAUCAAGUGGCAGUAGCUGUGGACGAUGCGACUGGCAGACAAGAGGUCCACUUUCUCACUGUGUUAGCUGGCACGAUCAAGAUGACCAGGAAGAUCUCAGUUGACCAUAGGUGUUUCUCCAUCAGGCACCAUAGGGGCCAGCUGUAUGUGGGCUCUCUCACUGCCCUGAACCUCUACACCACUGGAGGUAAACUGAUAAAGAAGAUAUAUGAGGACACAACCAAGCGAUGUACAGUGAACCACUUUGCCUUAAGCACAGAUGGCACAAACAUCAUCAUUCCAGCCUCCAGCCACCAGAAGGUUAUCACCAUUGACAACAAGGGCAACAUUCUAGCCACACUGAAGGACCAAGACUUCAACUUUCCCAAAAGUGUUUACGUGAGUGAGGGUGGGCAUGUGUUUGUGUGUUCAACUAAGUCCCACACAAUCGUGCAGGUUGACCAAGAAGGUAAAAAGAAGCUGGCCACACUGGUCAGACAGAGAGAUGGCAUCAGCUUUCCAAAGGCAGUCUUGUACAGCAGUCAGGCUGGUGGUCUUAUUGUGGGGGGAGCGCAGAAUGACAUUCUGGUGGUGGACCUACAGUAGAGACUGUCAGUUGUUAAUAAUUUGGUACACAGUGGAAAGUGAUAAACAUGAAUAAGUUAUCAUAAUUAUGAAAUAUAUAUUCAUUGUAAAUACUUAAGUAGUUUUUAGCUCACCACAGCACAAAGUGCUCAAGGUGAGCUAUUGUGAUCAGUCUUUGUCCGGCAUCUGUCCGGCAAUCCCUCCGUUCAUCCGUCAACAAUCAUCAACAAUUGCUUAAAAUACAUCUCCUCUAAAACUACCUGGCCAAAUUCAAUGAAACUUCACAGGAAUCUUCCCUCUACAAAAAUACAAGGGGUCAUGGUUGAUCAACAUCAACAACAACAAAAUGGCUGACUUCCUGUUUUGCUUUAAAAGACAUCUCCUCUGAAACUACAAGUCCAAAUUCAAUGAAACUUUACAGGAAGCUUCCUUGGGUGACCCUCUAAAAAAAUACAACAAGGGGUCACGAUUGAUCAACAAAAAAACAACAACAGCAACAACAACAAAAAGACUGACUUCCUGUUUUGCUUUAAAAAACCCAUCUCCUCUGAAACUACCAGUCCAAAUUCAAUGAAACUUUACAGGAAGCUUCCUGGGGUGACCCUCUACAAAAAUACAACAAGGGGUCACGAUUGAACAGCAACAACAACAAAAUGGCCAACUUCCUAUUUUGCUUAAAAAAACAAGUCCUCUGAAACUACAAGUCCAAAUUCAAUGAAACUUUACAGGAAGCUUCCUUUGAUGACACUCUACAAAAAUACAACAAGGGGUCACGAUUGAUCAGCAACAACAACAAAAUGGCCAACUUCCUAUUUUGCUUAAAAAAACAAGUCCUCUGAAACUACAAGUCCAAAUUCAAUGAAAGUUUACUGGAAGCUUCCUUUGAUGACACUCUACAAAAAUACAACAAGGGGUCACGAUUGAUCAGCAACAACAACAACAACAGGAACAACAACGAAAUGGCCAACUUCCUGUUUUGCUUUAAAAAAACAUCUCCUCUAAUACUACCAGUCCAAAUUCAAUGAAACUUUACAGGAAGCCUCCUUGGGUGACUCUCU